AUGGGAGGGGGGUUGUGCAUGGCAAUCUUGGCAAUGCUUAUGACCGUCUGGGAGAUUUCAAAAAAAGCCAUAGAGUACCACAACCGACAUCUUAAAAUAGCUAAAGAAGUAGGAGACAAGCAUGGAGAGGGUAACGCUUAUGGCAAUCUUGGCAAUGCUUAUCACCGUCUGGGUGAUUCAAAAAAGUUAUAGAGUACCACAACCUACAUCUUAAAAUAGCUAAAGAAGUAGGAGACAAGCACGGGAGGGUAUCGCUUAUGGCAAUCUUGGCAAUGCUUAUCACCGUCUGGGUAAUUUCAAAAAAACCAUUGAGUACCACAACCUACAUCUCAAAAUAGCUAAAGAAGUAGGAGACAAGCAUGGGGAGGGUAACGCUUAUGGCAGUCUUGGCAAUGCUUAUUUUAGUCUGGGUGAUUUCAAAAAAGCCAUAGAGUACCACAACCUACAUCUUGAAAUAGCUAAAGAAGUAGGAGACAAGCAUGGGGAGGGUUGUGUUUAUGGCAAUCUUGGCAUUGCUUAUCGCCGUCUUGCUGAUUUCAAAAAAGCCAUAGAGUACUACAAGCAACAUCUUAAAAUAGCUAAAGAAAUAGGAGACAAGCAUGGGGAGGGAAACGCUUAUGGCAAUCUUGGCAAUGCUUAUUUUAGUCUGGGUAAUUUCAAAAAAGCCAUAGAGUACCACAAGUUACGUCUUGAAAUAGUUAAAGAAGUAGGAGACAAGCUUCGGGAGGGUUGUGCUCAUGGCGAUCUUGGCAAUGCUUAUUACCGUCUGGGUGAUUCCAAAAAAGCCAUAGAGUACCACAACCUACAUCUUAAAAUAGCUAAAGAAGUAGGAGACAAGCAUGGGGAGGGUAGUGCUUAUGGCAAUCUUGGCAAUGCUUAUGACUAUCUGGGUGAUUCCAAAAAAGCCAUAGAAUACCACAACCGAGAUCUUAAAAUAGCUAAAGAAGUAGGAGACAAGCAUGGGGAGGGUGGUGCUUAUAGCAAUCUUGGCAUUGCUUAUCGCCGUCUUGGUGAUUUCAAAAAAGCCAUAGAGUACCACAACUUACAUCUUCUAAUAGCUAAAGAAGUAGGAGACAAAUUCACGGAGGCAAUGGCCUACUGUUUAUUAGCAUGGGUUUUUGAGUUGCAAGGUACACUGCCAAAAGCCGUUGAACAUUACCAAGCUAGCAUAAACUUAUUCAAUUCCUUGAGAGUACUUCUAAUAUCUAAAGAUGAGUGGAAAGUUGAUUUUCGAAAUCAGCAUCAAGUGGCGUAUACGGGUUUGUGGAGAGUUCUCGUAGAGCAAGGUAAUGUAGAUGAAGCCUUAUUUGUUGCUGAGAAAGGACGAGCUCAAGCUCUGACCGACCUCAUGGAAUCCAGUUUUUGUGGUGGAACAAGUCACCACAAGGGAGAAGAUGAAGAUUGCGCAGUUUUAAAAAACCUUCCAUCAAACACUGUCUUUCAGGCAGUGGACGAAGCUAACGUCAAUCUUUGGGUUGUGUCCGAAGGAAAACAAGUUCAGUUAAGACAAAGUAAACUCAAAGGUUUUGUUUCAGAGAAUAGUGGAUCAAGCCUGUCCUUUAAGUCGUUCAUGCUCGGUGUCUAUACACAACUUGGUGUUCUUUCUAAUGUGAGAUGCGAGAAUCGAUCUUUAGAUGCUUUGAGGGAGGGCCGUUCAAAAGUGGAUGAGAAAACCAAAGAAGCCAAGCCUCAACCUCACAUCCAACAAGACGGAUGCUUGAGCACUUUGUAUGAUAUCGUUAUGAAGCCGGUGGCUGACUUGAUUGAAGGGGAUGAGCUACUCAUUAUUCCUGAUGGACUCCUGUGGAUCGCUCCUUACGCUGCAUUGAAGGAUGGUAAUUCUAAAUACCUGUGUGAGUCGUUCAAAAUCCGAGUCGCUCCAUCGUUAGCAAGUCUUAGACUCAUUGCCGAUUGCCCAGAUGAUUAUCACAAAAGCAGUGAUGCGUUACUCGUAGGAGAUCCGUGGGUAUCCGAGGUUACUAACAGCGAGGGAAAGAAAGUCUUCGAGCAGCUUCAGUAUGCUAAAAUAGAAGUAGAAAUGAUCGGAAAAAUUCUGAAUAUCACGCCAAUCACUGGCAGUCAGGCCACGAAACGUGAGGUGUUGAAAAGACUCAGUUCCGUUUCUCUAGUUCACUUUGCGGCACACGGACGUAUGGAAACUGGCGAAAUUGCUCUUACACCUGACCCAGACCGAAUAUCUACUGUGCCAACGGAGGAGGAUUACAUUUUAACAAUUGGAGAUGUGUUGAAUGCUCAACUUCGGGCCAAACUUGUUGUGCUUAGUUGCUGCCACAGCGGCCGGGGCGAGAUCAAGGCUGAAGGUGUGGUUGGCAUUGCGCGCGCUUUUAUGGGGGCUGGUGCUCGGUCUAUUGUGGUGUCCCUGUGGGCGAUUGAUGACGAGGCUACUCUUGAGUUCAUGAAAUACUUUUAUCAACAUCUUGCAGGCGGUAAACCAGCAAGCGAGUCACUGAAUCUGGCCAUGAAAAGCCUCAGAGAAUCAGACAAGUUCUGCGACAUCAAACACUGGGCGCCCUUUUUGCUGAUUGGAGAUGACGUCACUCUUGACUUCAUGGCA